AGCUUUUCCCUUGCCCCUUCCCCCACGUGGCUGGAAGUGACUGCUGGGUCUCCCGGCGCUGAGCGCAGAUUCCUCGUCAAGAUGCCGAAGGGGAAGUCGGUGACCAGCGGCCGACGCCAGGAGCGGCGGGAGCAGAAGAGUCCUGGCGGUGUCAUGUUUAAUACUGGACUUGGCCAGCAUAUUUUGAAAAAUCCUCUCAUUGUCAAUAGCAUCAUUGAUAAGGCUGCCUUAAGACCAACAGAUGUGGUCUUAGAAGUUGGUCCUGGAACUGGAAACAUGACUGUGAAACUACUAGAAAAAGUUAAAAAGGUAGUUGCUUGUGAACUUGACCCAAGGCUCGUAGCUGAACUUCACAAAAGAGUUCAGGGAACGCCUCAGGCAAGCAAACUUCAAGUAAUGGUUGGUGAUGUGUUGAAAACCGACUUACCAUUCUUUGAUGCAUGUGUGGCCAAUUUGCCUUAUCAGAUCUCUUCCCCAUUUGUCUUCAAGCUGUUACUUCAUAGACCAUUUUUUAGGUGUGCUGUACUUAUGUUCCAGAGAGAAUUUGCUCUCCGUUUGGUUGCAAAACCAGGAGACAAAUUGUACUGCAGACUUUCCAUUAAUACCCAAUUACUAGCACGAGUAGAUCAUCUGAUGAAAAUUGGGAAGAAUAACUUCAGACCUCCACCAAAAGUUGAGUCAAGUGUGGUAAGGAUAGAACCUAAGAACCCACCACCACCCAUCAAUUUCCAGGAGUGGGAUGGUCUAGUGAGGAUAACAUUUGUGCGGAAAAACAAAACUCUGUCUGCAGCAUUUAAGUCGAGUGCAGUGCAACAGCUUUUGGAAAAAAAUUAUCGAAUUCAUUGUUCAGUCCACAAUAUUGCAAUACCAGAAGAUUUCAGCAUUGCAGAUAAAAUACAGAACAUCCUAACGGGUACAGAUUUUAGUGACAAACGGGCCCGUUCCAUGGACAUUGAUGACUUCAUUAGACUGCUACAUGUGUUCAAUGCAGAAGGCAUCCAUUUUUCUUAGGCUGACUAAAAAGAGGAUACUCUGAACUUUACAAGAAACUGUAAUUUUACUUUCUUGGAUUAUUGAUAAAAUGAAGAUGGUGAACCUCUAUUUUUCACAAAGAUAACCACCAAACACCUUGCAGAUUUUAUAACUAAAACUCACCUCUCAACCUAAUGUAAAUUUUUUUUUUAAGGGCAAAUUUGUUCUGUUUUUUUUUUUUUUUUUUUUUUUUUUUUUUUUUUUUUUUUUUUUUUUUUUUUUAAAGGAUUCAGUCUUUAUGUAACUUUGGGCAUGGAGUGGCCAAGUCAUUGACCUUCCAGAUCAAAUACAAUUCUUUCCAAAAGUUAACAGCCGCAAUUACGCACAAACACCACAUGAAUCUUUUCACUUCUACCUGUUCACGUUCUAAAACAUCUCUUAUUUAUUGUGGUAAUUAUAUUUUUAGGAGCCGUUUCUUUUUUGUUUACUUAUUGGAAUAGAUGAGCUGUCUUUUAAAUAUAAGAUAAGCUUUUCUAUUUUCUUUAUCCAGUCUUCUCCCAUUUAUUUAAUAUUCAUCUUUCUUGUCAUGAACUUUUCUUUUUCAUUUAUUCAUCUGCAUCUAUCUGUCCUUCUUACCUUCUUGAGCUUAGUUUAGUUUCCCUUCCCAUUGCAGUAGGUAGAGUGGCAUAUUGAGAGAAAUUUGGAUCCUGGGAUUAAUUCUCAGUUUAUCUCUGAUAUUGCAACACCCAUGUGACAACUUCAGGCAAGAUAUUUCAUUUUCUGGACCUCAAAUUUCCUCAUGGUCAAAUGAGGGAGUUAAGAUUAGAAGAUCUAUAAGCUCUUUCCCAGAUAUGACACUUGCUGACUAACCAGAAGUCUCACUGGUAGGAUUAUCAAUCACCUCACAAAAAUUAUAUGCUCCAAUGAUUUGGGUGUAUCUUUUAUAUACAUAUAAAUAACAAAGAAAAUAAAACUCUACAAGUUUUCCUUGGCUUUGUUUUUUUGUUUAACAUUCAAAGAGAAGUACUAUAAAAUUAUCUUACAACUAGGAAAGACAAU